GAGAAUCGAUCACGGUCCGAUUCAAAGCGGUGAGAAUCCGUUGCUGGACGAUGGUUUCGUGGCGGGGAAGUGGUAGGGGAUUCGAAGAUUAUAUUCAUUGGUUCGUAAGUCGAAGCAUCAGUUUAGUUUACUAUCGGUUUCAAGACGUUUUCUUCUCUCCUUAAGGCGAGCUUCAACGCGUUUGAAAAUGAAAUAAGCUUCACGAUCGUUGCAGUGUUGGGAAAUUGGGAAUCGGAAGUAAAAGAAGAAAAAAGGCAGGCUUAUGGCAAUAAACGGAGAUGGAAAAUUAAGAUGGAAAACUAUUCGAAGAUUUAGUAUGCGUAUGUGAGGCAGAUUCUACAGGGGGUAUAUAAGGAGGACAGACGAAAUUCAAUCAAGCAAAGAAAGAAAAGCCAAUGAUGAAGUACAAGGUAAACGAUCCGGAGGCAACCGAUCAGACGAAUGCAGCGAAUGAGUUGAAAAGCGAUUCGAUACUUUCGUGGCAUUACCAUUCGAGAGGCGAGAAAAAGUUUGACGAGAAAGGAAGGAAAUUAAUCAUAAUCGUUGGUUUGUUGACGGUAAUGGUGGUUGCGUUGCUCGUAACAUUGACCGUUCAAGCAGCUAUUUUCCGUAAGGACAGAUACAAAGAGGUGUGUCAGAGCGAGGAAUGCGUGAAGACAGCCGCCAGGAUAAUAGAGGCGAUUAACAGAACCGUAGAUCCUUGCCAAGAUUUUUACAAAUUUGCCUGCGGUGGUUGGAUUUCCAGGAAUCCUAUACCGCAAAGUCAAGCUUCCUGGGAUCAAAUGAGUCAUCUGAGAGAACAGUUGCUGGAAAAUCUAAGGGUACUGCUCGAAGAAUCAAACGACGAUAACGAUCUGCUACCGAUCAAGUUGGCUAGAGCUUUGUACAGCACUUGUAUGGACACGGAGAGCGUCGAGGCAUUGGGACUCGAUCCCAUCUAUGAGACGUUCGAUAGGCUCGGAUUACCGAAAGAACCGCCAUUGGGAGAUGAAAUUCCUCCGUUGGAUAUUGUCGGUAUACUCGGCAAAGCGCAGAGAAUUUUAGGUUUGAAUCUAUUUCUAAAUUUUUUCAUCAGCGAAGAUAUACUAAACACCUCGAGAAACAGAAUUACGAUGGAGCAGAUGUCACUGGGACUUAGCCAACAUUAUCUGCUUGAUUCGUUACGAUUUCAGUCGGAAUUAAUGGAAUUCAAGAAAUAUAUAAAAGCAAUGAUCGAAAUAGCUGGCGUAGGGAAUAAAAGCAUGGAAUUCGCCAACGAAAUCUUGAAUUUUAGCAGCAACAUUGCACGCAUCAUGACGACUCCGGAACAAAGACGUAGCGCAAAUCACCCUGUUUACGAUCUAACUAUCGACAAGCUGCAACAGCUAACAGAUUUGGACGUGCAACAGUGGAACUGGACCAGAUACUUGGAUGCGGUGUUCGAUGACACGAACGUGACUAUAAGUGCCGAAUCGGAUCAUGCGAUCGUAGUGGAUUUGCGAUAUUUGCAAAAAUUACCCACACUGUUAGCGGAAACGUCGUUUUCUACGAUAGUGCGAUUCGUAUGGUGGAAUGUUUAUGCGACGGUUGCCCCGUUGACGUUGCAACGAUUUCGUGAUCUAGGUUUCCAAUUCUCGCAGCAAGUUUUCGGUUUAAAGGAAAAGACACCGAGGUGGAAAUCCUGUACGGAAAACGUAAACCGAAACUUUGGCAUGGCUCUUAGUUACAUUUACACGCGAAAACACUUCGACGAUCAAGCCCGACAAAAGGCUUUGGAAAUGUUUCUCGAUAUUAAACAAGCGUUCGACGAGAUGGUCGCUGAAUUAGAUUGGAUGGACGGUAAUACGAGAGCUCAAGCUCAUAAGAAGUUGAAUGCGAUGAGACCGUUUAUAGGAAUACCAGACUGGAUUACCAAUUCCGAAAAAUUGAAUCAAUUUUACGAGGGUGUUAAUGUUAUACCAGCACGAUUACUUGAUGCAUUUUUGAUGUUAACUAACGUGAGAAUUAAGAAAAGUUUAAACAGCCUGCGUGAAAAGCCGGACAAAAAUCGCUGGAUAACGUCUGGUACUACGGUGAAUGCAUUUUACAGCGCGAUAUUGAACUCAGUGACUUUCCCAGCAGGUAUUUUACAUCCACCUUUCUACGGAAAUGGCCUACGAUCGAUCAACUACGGUGCACUGGGUGCGAUUAUGGGUCACGAAGUAACUCACGGAUUCGACGAUCAAGGACGUAGAUACGAUGAGAAUGGAAAUAUUCGGCAGUGGUGGAGCAAAGAAACUUUGCGGCAUUACCACGAGAAAAUCGGGUGUAUGAUCAAGCAGUACAAUAACUACCAUUUACCGGAACUCGGCGAUAAUUUCACCGUGAAUGGCAUGAAUACGCAGGGGGAGAAUAUAGCUGACAAUGGUGGCAUACGAGAAGCUUACAGAGCGUAUCAAAAAUACAAAGCGAGAAACACUGAUCCACUAGUUUUACCUGGUCUCCACGAUUAUAACGAAGAACAAUUGUUUUUCAUAGGUUUCGCACAAGCCUGGUGCGGCAAUUACACGAACGGAGCAUUAAAGUCUAAACUGGUAGAAGGAACUCACGCACCGAAUCAUUUCAGGGUUAUCGGAACUUUAUCGAACAAUGAGGAUUUUGCGAAAGCAUGGAAUUGCCCGGUCGAUAGUCCCAUGAAUCCAUCUCGCAAGUGUAUUCUCUGGUAAUCAUGCGUAAUUACCCACUACCU